CUAGUCAGAAAUAUCCGCAAAAAAGUUGAUUUGCUGACAUUAAUAGUGAAUUUAGAGUUUUAAAGAUUGAAAAUAUUUGACAUUUCUGUUGUAUUUGGUGUCAGAGAUCAUGAACGCAGCGUCAUGUGCCGCUACGAUCACGUGACGUUUUGUUGACGGCAGGAGAUGAAGAAAGAUGGCGGCCCGCUGGAGCAGUGAGAAUGUGGUGGUUGAGUUUCGGGAUGCCCAGGCCACCGCCAUGUCAGUGGACUGCCUGGGCUCACACGCCGUGCUGUCAGGGCGGCGUUUCCUCUACAUGGUGAAUCUGGAGGCUCCGUCUGAACCGCCGAGGAAAAUUGGCCGACAGAGUAAAUGGGACGUGGGGACGGUCCAGUGGAAUCCUCACAGAUCAGAGUCCCACGUCUUUGCUGCGUCUAGUAACCAGCGUGUCGAUCUGUACUCAUGGAGGGAUGGCUGUGGAGAAGUGCACACCUCCCUGCAGGGACACACCCGGGUCAUUAGUGAUCUGGACUGGUCCUGGUUUGAGCCUGAGUUCCUGGUCACCAGUUCAGUGGACACCUACAUCUACAUCUGGGACACCAGAGACACUCGGAAACCUACGGUGGCGCUGUCUGCUGUCGCCGGGGCGUCUCAGGUGAAGUGGAACAGGAAGAACCAGUACCUGCUGGCGUCCAGUCACGACGGAGACAUACGGAUCUGGGAUAAAAGAAAGCCAAACACGGCGGUGGAGUACGUGGCGGCUCACCUGUCGAAGAUCCAUGGCCUCGACUGGCAUCCGGACAACGAGUUCAUCCUCGCCACGUCGAGCCAGGACAACUCCGUGAGGUUUUGGGAUUACCGACAGCCCAGGAAGUACCUGAACAUCCUGUCCUGUCAGGUACCGGUGUGGAAGGCCAGAUACACACCUUUCUCUAACGGCCUGGUCACAGUGAUGGUUCCUCAGCUGAGGAGAGAGAACAGUCUGUUACUGUGGAGCACGCUAGACCUCAACAGUCCCGUCCACGCCUUCGUGGGACACGACGAUGUGGUGCUGGAGUUCCAGUGGAGGCCGCAGAAAGAAGGCUCGAAGGAUUUCCAGCUGGUCACGUGGUCCAGAGACCAGACUCUGAGGAUAUGGAGGGUGGAUCCUCAGCUGCAGAAGCUGUGUGUCAGUGACGUGGAGGACCUGAUGGAGGGGAUGUCUCUCACCGUGGAGUCGGAGAAGUCCCUGUCGUCUCAGGCGGGUCUGGACAGUCAUCACAGUGUCGGUCCUGCAGCUGAAAACCUGCAGGAUCAGGACUCUGGAGGUCGUCAGGACUCGGCGGGUUCAGGUCUCCCUCAGACUCUGCAGCAGGAGUUCUCUCUGGUCAACCUGCAGAUCAGAAACGUCAACGUUGAGAUGGAUGCGGUGAACCGCAGCUGCGUGGUGUCGGCUCACUUUGGCAGUCAUCACGUUCACCUGGUGAUGAAGUUUCCCGCUCAGUAUCCUAACAACGCCGUGCCCACCUUCCAGUUUGUUUCCCCGACAACCAUCCCCUCUGCUAUGAGGACCAAGAUCCAGAAGAUUCUGACCGACACGUCGCUUCAGAAGGUGAAGAGGAACCAGAACUGUCUGGAGCCGUGUGUCCGCCAGCUGGUGUCCUGUCUGGAGUCAGACAUGACGCAGGAGGACGGUCCGGCCUCUGGUCCCUUCAUUCUGUCCAACCCCGUCGCUCCGGCCCUGCAGGCGUUUCCUCGAGUCACCAACACAUACGGCUCCUAUCAGGACGCUAACAUCCCGUUCCCUCGGACGUCCGGCGCUCGUUUCUGCGGCACCGGCUGUCUGGUUUACUUCACCCGGCCAAUCACCAUGCACCGCUCUGCCCCGCCAACUGAGCCCACACCCAGGUCCCUGUCAGCUCUGUCGGCCUAUCACAGCGGAGUGUUGACUCCGAUGAAGAUGCGUUCAGAGUCUCAGAGCACUCUGCGUCUGUACAGCGGCAGCCCGACACGCUCCGAAAAAGACACCGUGUCCAUUUCCUCCUUCUACUAUAAAGAACGGAAAUCACGCCGGUUUAAGACGAAGCGAGAGGGGACGGACUACGGCAACCGUCCCAUCAAACUGGCCGGGAAGGUCAUCAUCCAGGAGAUCUCCUGCCUGCUGCCCGUCCACAAAGCUCUGGGCGAGAGCUACAUUCUGAACAUGAACGACGUCCAGGAAACGUGUCAGAAGAACGCAGCAGCAGCGCUCACGGUCGGACGCAGAGACGUAGCAAAGGUGUGGGCCCUGGCGUCAGCAGCGACCAGUCAGGACCUGAGUCCAGACUCAGACCCGGACACAGAGACGCCCUGGGCCAGACACCCGUUUGGACGCCGCCUGCUGGAGACUCUCUUGGAUCACUACAGUCACAUGAGUGACGUUCAGACUCUGGCCAUGCUGUGCAGUGUGUUCAGAGCUCAGGCUCCAGCUCCAGACUGUUGCUCGCUGUAUGGACACCAUCCAUCCCGCUCCUCCAUGUUCCCUCCACACCACUCCAGAUACCCCAGCUUCACCUCCAGCUCCGUCACCUCGGGCUCAUGCUCCAGCACCUCUGACUCCAUCACUACAACCACCUGGAACACAGGUCGAGAGUCUGAGCACGCCAACCCCUGGGGUGAAUCCUCUCCUGACGACUAUCGCUAUGGCAACCAGGGUUACACAGAUCCACGGGAAAGAGAGCGAGAGCAGCACGACAUGAACAAGAGACUGCUGGAUCCCACCAACAUGCUGCAGUUUGACGACUUCAAGAAGUGUUACGGUGAAAUCUUGUACCGCUGGGGUCUGAGGGAGAAAAGAGCGGAGGUGCUGAAGUUCGCCUCGUGUCCUCCUGAGCCUCACAAAGGCAUCGAGUUCGGCGUGUACUGCUGUCACUGUCGCAGUCAGGCUCGUGGGACUCAGUGUGCCGUCUGUAAGCGUCUCACCUUCCAGUGCGCCAUCUGUCACGUGGCUGUGCGCGGCUCCUCCAACUUCUGCCUGAGCUGCGGCCACGGAGGACACACCAGUCACAUGAUGGACUGGUUCCGCCAGCAGGACGAGUGUCCGGCCGGCUGCGGCUGCCACUGUCUGCUGCAGAGCACCUAUUGAUGCGACGCAGACUGCUGAGAGAGGAGGGUCUGAUCAGUCAGAUCUGAGGACGAUGAGCUCCGACUGAUCUGAGAUUCAAAGAUUCAACACAGAACUGUGAACAUGCUCUGUUUCUCCUUCAGUGUCUGAGUUUUUUAUGUCAGAGGAUCGAGCCGGUGGAUUCCUCCUGGUCUGUCGUUGAGACACCAAACAGCUCGCCAUCACGCCAUCAGCAAUGUUUCCAGGCUGCAGGAAUGAAACUCAAUCACAGCAUCAGGAUGUAGUCCUGGAAGAGUCUGUCCUGUGCUACGUUCAUCAGUCUGCUGUUUCCAUUCCCCUCAGAAUGUGCAUGAAACGCUGCGGUACAGUUAAAUCCUGUUGAAGCUUUAAUGGGUUUUAUGGUGUGCUGCUAACAGCCGCAGGCGCAGCAACACGUCUGAAGCUGCAGUCCUGUCCUGCGGCGCUGCAAUAAAAACACACACAGAGCACCAGAAAUUAUACAAAAAUACACACAUUCACUGAAACGUAGGAAGUUACUGUUAAAUACAUGCUGUGAAACUCUGCAACAGAUCUGAACCUCUGAUUCACAGAGAUUCAACGACGCCGUCAUGUGAUGGAGGUUUUAAAGUGAAACAGCUUUACGAUGUCAUCAGUCCGUCCAGCACUUUGCUCCAGUGUACAAACCACUGUUCAGAUUGAUGGACACUCAUGGUCCCCUGAGCAUAAACCCCCCUGUCUGUGGUUAGUUCACUGUUCGUAGUAACAGUGGGACAUUCGAGUGUCUUUGGUUAGUUCACUGUCUAUCAUAACAGUGGGACAUUCGAGUGUCUGUGGUUAGUUCACUGUCUAUCAUAACAGUGGGACAGCUCAUGGCUGCCUGCAGCCACAGUUGGUGUUUGUGCCCCAUAACAAAACGUUUCAGAGGGUUAUUGAUGGAUGUGACGCACUGACGAGACAUUAAUGUAGCUUCCUUCCUGACCGUCUCUUCAUGUUCACAGUGGCCUUAAAUGACUCACUGCUGGAUUCAGACGUGAUCACAGGACUGAUCUUAAAUGUGAAGCAGAGAGAAUGUUUGUGAGUUUUCUUUAUGAGGAAGAUGAAGAAUGUUUAAAUGUAGUUUAGGUGAAAUAAAAGUAUGUUUGAAUUCAGUCAAAGUGUGAUUUAUACAAAAAUUUAAGAGGACAUUAAAUCUGAAACCAAAUCCUGGCAAGGUUUUUAUGAACUCUAGGUUUAAAUGAGCUCGUCCCUUCCUUUAGCGCCAUCCUCAGGACAUAACGUAGGCGAGCAGCUGCGAUACAAGCAGCUUUGUUUGUACUGUACGCACUCUGUGACAUCACAGUUUGUGGACUGCUGUUUUGAAGCGUCCAGUGUGGCAUUUUGGCCGUCGCCAUCUUGGCUUUUUGGAGCCAGAAGUGAGCAUAUUUGGACAAGAGGGCGGAGCUGCCAUGGUACACAUUGCUGUGGUUCUGUCCUGAUUGGAUCUGACUGAGAACCCUAUUCUGUGAGCGAGUGCCACGAUUAUGUGAGUUCAGAGUUAAAAGGGAUGAAAUGUUGGAUGUAAGCAACUGCAUGAAAGCUUUAUAGAUGAAUAAAAACCAGUGCUGGUCUCGCCUACAGCCAGAGGAGGCCAGCAGACUUUAUUGUAAAAGGUACAAUGAUGAGAGCUUUAGGGAAGUCUAUAAACAGGGCAGACAUUUUUCUAUCCAGGGAAAGUGCAAUGUCGUUUGAGAUGUUGCAGAAAUGGUACUCUGCUUAGGUCUGAAUCCAGAUUGAUAGGAAGUGAGUAAAGAAAAUGAGGAGAGAUAUGAUUUAAGUUGAUCAUUCACCAAGGUUUCCAAGAUCUUAGCCAGACAACACAAUUUGGAGACUGGGCGAUAAUUAUUAACAUCAGCUUUGUCACCACCUUUAUGCAAAGGAAGGACACGACAUACACUGGAAUAAUCCCCACUGCCUGUAUAGACAGACGGAUAUUUAAGAUAUGAGUCAGCAGUUUCAUAAAACAAGCAACCAAAUGAUCAGCACCAGCUGAUUUCCUUGUGUUGACUGUAUAUCCUGCUUUAUGGUCUAUUUUAUUCUAAAUGUGAUCAUAACUAUACGAAUUACUAAUUAUAUUAAUAAGCAAUACUAAAUGAACAUCAUGCUGCACUGACAAAGACUUGAAACUAGCAGUUAAGUCCAUUAACUCUUUAGAAACGAUUUACUGAGCUAAUAAAUCAAGUGAGAAGCCGGGGUGGCCUUGCCCCCUGCUGGCCAUUAGAAAGAAUGCAGGUUUAAGGCACUUCCACAUUAGCUU